AUGAAGCUGUUUGUUUGUGUUUUUUUGUGUUUAUUUACAUACAUUUACGCUUGGGGUCGAGGUGAUCUGGAGAAAUAUGGGCCAUUUCAACUCGCUUUGCAUUCAAAUUUAAUAAAGUGUGAUCACGACCGGACACUCAACCUUGACGUCAGUGAAAUCGAUGUAUACUUUUAUGACUUCCCGCGCAACGAAGUCGAGACCUUCCACAUCAAUGACGCUGCUAAGGGUAUUCUGGCCUACAAGGAGCUGGACAAAGUAAAACAAUUCAUCGUCUUCGUUGCAGGAUACAAGUCCAACAUUAACAAGAAGACUGAAGAACGAGUUCGUGAUACGUUCAGGAACUAUCCGAAUAGCUACCUUAUUAUCCUCGAUCACUCCCCUUACACCAAUAACAACCAGGGCAACAUAAAGAGCUAUGAAAGAUCAGUCAAAUAUAUUCACUACAUCGGAAAGGCAUUAGGAAAUAUGCUAACUGAGUUGACGAAGAGCGGCAUUUCAGCCAACAAUAUCCAUUGCAUUGGUCACAGUCUGGGUGGACAAGCACUCGCGCACACUGGUGAAACCUUUUUCAAGAAUACAGGUACAAAAUUUGCUAGAAUUACAGCGUUAGAUCCAGCUGGACCAUGCUUCUCGAACAGUUUGAUAGAGGAACAAAUAAGAUCUGGCGUGGCUGACUACGUUGAGGUGUAUCAUUGUAAUGCUGGAGGUUUGGGAACUACGAGCGUAUUGGGAGAUAUAGACUUCUUUAUAAAUAAAAAAGGAUCCACUCAACCUCAUUGCAGUACUCCCUUGAUUCCUGGUAUUUUCGACUCGUCCAAAGCGGCCAAAUGCAAUCACAGAGCGUGUAUUGAUAUCUGGACGUCUACUGUCAGUCAUCCAAACUGGUUCCUUGCGUGGAAGUGCGAUUCGUAUAAACAAUUUAAGAACGGAUUAUGCGCAGCUAAUGAAGUUACAAUAGCUGGUUUCUGGAAUCCCGGUAACGCGACUGGUGUAUUUUAUUUCUCGACGGAUGGAUAUGAUAUCAAUUAA